UAAAACGAUGUCGGAUAGACCAUUCUGCUCCGGCGGAUCAAAACCAUGCAUAUUCCCAGGGUGGGACAAGGUCUUUGUUGCUCUGCUUCUCUCUCUCUCUCUCUCUCUCUCUCUCUCUCUAUCUGUGUUUGUUUCUGUUGAAUUUUCUCAGCUCUGGCACCAAUAAAAAUAAAAAAUAAAAAUAGGGGAAGAAGGAGAAGAGGCCAUGGACCAAAGAUACAGCGAUCGAUUUACAGAUGGCUUCCAUCAUCAAUAACUGAAUUCAUUAUAAGCUUGUUUUUCGCAAAUAAGGUGUUGGCAGGGAAGUUUCUAAGUAUCUCGAUAAUUUUUUAGGUUGUUAACAAUCAGGGCAGAGGAGGUUUUUGUGUAAGUUGUUUCUUAUGGGGUAUAAUAUGAGGGAAGAAUUCAUGGUUCUUGAUUUGAAUCAAGAACCUUUGGACCAACCUGAUGAAUUUGAAUCUAUGCUGAACGAACUGGAAACUACCCAUGGACAAAUUGAAGAACGAAUCAGACAGCUUGAAGCGGUCACGGCUAGGGCUAGGCAACGUGCGAGGAGGAAUGUAAGUGCAGGGCAUGCAGCUUCUGAUUCUCAAAAUGAAGGUCGGCUGCAUAGUAGUCAUGAUGAUACUGCUGGCCAAGAAAGAACAAGAGAGAAUGGCAAAGCUAAAACAAGGGAUUGUACCAUUUUAAUAUCUAAGGCGCUGGAUAUGGAUCCAAAUGCAAAGGAAGAAAGCAACGGGGGUAGCUAUUUUGAUUGUAACAUUUGCUUGUCCGUGGCAAGAGAUCCUAUAUUAACAUGUUGUGGUCAUUUGUUUUGUUGGCCAUGUUUCUAUCAGCUUUCAUAUGCUGAUUCAAAAGCAAAAGAGUGCUAUGUAUGCAAAGGAAAAGUGACCGACUCAAGCAUAAUUCCAAUUUAUGGUAAUGGGAAUUAUAACCGUUCUCGCGAAUCAAAGGUUUCUGGCUUGAAGUUCCCUCCUAGGCCCCAUGCACACAGGAUUGAGAGUAUGAGGCAGCGAUCCAUUAGUCAGAGAUUAUCUCCUUCUCAAAUAGAAGAAAGAAUUCAGCAAAUUAGCUACAUUUUUGGAGCAAUGGGGGAGAGAACAAGGGCACAGCCUGCGGCUGAAAGAUCUGAUUUUGCGGCCAGCCGGUAUCGAACAUCUCGCACAUUGCCAUCUGCAGAAUCGACAAGCAACCAACACUAUGAUUCCAGUCAAGUUUCACGAUUAUUAUUUCAAGGAGCUGUUUCAUUUUCCUCCCUUUCAUCUGAAUUGAAUUCUGCAGUGGAUAAUGCAGAAAGAUUUGUUGAGGACCUACAGGCAUACAGUAAUAGUCGCCAUAUGAGAAGAAACCAUCGUCAACCUCCACAUGUUGAUAAUGCAGAUGCUACUUCAAAUGUUGCUGCAUUAUUACAACCAGAAAUCCAGACUCCAGUUACUGCUGGUGAAAUAAGUGCUGCUAUUCUCCCUUCUGAUUUGUCUUUCGGGACAGAUAUUGUUCCUCUUGUUGUAGGCUCAGAUAGCCAGACAAUGGAUGCAGAAAUCAACUCAACAGUAUUUUCUAGGAGGAGAAGUGGUGUUCCAUUAGUUUCUGAUGUCAAUUAUGAAGUUUCACGUGUAGCAAGAAGGAGAAGGCUGAGAUAGAAAUGUUUUUCUUUAUAAAGGUGGAUUAAACUGAUGGGAGUUUUCAAGCAGUGCUUCUAUAAAAUCCUUUACUUGUUUGCCUGAAAUUUCAGAGGUUCUAUUUAAAUGGCUGCGUACACAUUCCUUAUUUAAAUGGCUGCAUACACAUCCCUUGAUAAUGCAGUCUCCCUAUGUUAAUAAUGCUGAUACAGCAACUGAUAAAUAAUGAGUAUCUCGAGAUGCUGAUAAUGCGCUGCAGCUUGAUUCUGUGAAGAGAUACUAACAUAUGUCUGGACCAUUGAUAACAGCUUGAUCAUGUCUUCACUUUUCCAAGGAUGAACUCUCUCGUUAUUGUCCUCCUUAAGAGAUGUAUGGCAUCAAUUCCUGAUAAUGCAAAAUGGUGUCAUAGCUUUUUGGUAAGUCAUAAAGCAGGUCAUCUUGUUUGUAAAUCUUUGUGGUACUACUGUGUCCAUGUACAUUUUUUAUAUGGUAGAAUAAAUGCAUACCAGCUUCUACAAAUUUCUUAUUCUA